GACUAUACGGACGCGUGCGAUAAUUGAGCUUAGUGCACUCGUUCAGUUGUGGUCAGGCAGUCAGACAGUCUUCACGUAAUCAUGAUUGCUGUCAUAUUUUUCAUUAUUGUGGCUUUUGGAUCAAUAGUCCUAAUCCCGGUGGUAGUCAGUGGAUUACUACUCGGAUUGGUGAUCGUUUGGCUGUGGCAACGACAUCAUUUUAGCCACUGGCAACGUUUGGGCGUUCCCUUUAUCCCGGCCACGCCCUUUGUGGGAAACGUGUGGAAACUGUUGCGAGGCGGGUGCUGCUUUGGCGAUCAAUUCCGGGAGCUUUACGAGAGUGCGGAGGCUGAAGGCCGAGCCUACGUGGGAAUCCACGUCCUGCACAACCAUGCGCUGCUCAUUCGAGAUCCGGCUCUGAUCAAGCGCAUCAUGGUCGAGGAUUUUGCGCAGUUCUCAAGCCGCUUUGAGACCACAGAUCCCGUGUGCGACACAAUGGGUUCCCAGAACCUAUUCUUCGCCAAAUACGAAACGUGGCGGGAGACGCACAGGAUCUUUGCACCAUUCUUUGCUGUCGGAAAGGUGCGUCAGAUGUACGGCCUUCUGGAGAGCAUUGGACAGAAGCUUGAGGAGCAUAUGGAGGAGAAGCUCAUGGGCGGGGAUAGUGUGGAGCUGGAGGUCAAGCAAUUGUGUGCCCUCUUCACCACGGACAUUAUUGCAUCACUGGCCUUUGGCAUUGAGGCACAUAGUCUGCAAAAUCCGGAGGCGGAGUUCCGUCGCAUGUGUGUCGAGGUCAACGAUCCGCGACCGAAGCGCCUGUUGCACCUCUUCACCAUGUUCUUCUUUCCGCGAUUAUCGCGACGGGUUCGCACUCAUCUGUACUCGGAUGAGUAUGAACGAUUUAUGCGCCAGUCCAUGGACUAUGUACUGGCCCGACGCGAGGAAAGUGGUGAAAGGCGCAACGAUUUGAUCGACAUAUUCCUGCAGCUAAAGCGUACCGAGUCGACGGAGAGCAUAGUCCAUCGUCCGGAUUUCUUUGUGGCUCAGGCUUCUUUUCUGCUUUUGGCCGGCUUUGACACCUCAUCGUCUACCAUAACCUUCGCCCUAUAUGAGUUGGCCAAAAAGCCAGCGAUUCAAAACCGCUUGCGGGAGGAGAUUCGCGAGGCCUUAAAGUCUAAUGAUCAGAAGUUUAGUUGCGACACGGUCACCGGUUUGGUGUACCUGCGACAGGUGGUGGACGAAGUGCUGAGGCUAUAUCCGCCGACGGCAUUCCUGGACCGAUGCUGCAAUGCCCGCGAAGGCUACGAUCUCUCAUCGUGGAACUGUGGAUCGCCGUUUAAAUUGAGUGCGGGUAUGCCUGUUUAUAUAUCAGUAUUGGGAUUGCAUCGCAAUGCACAGUACUGGCCAAAUCCCGAUGUCUUCGAUCCGGAACGCUUCUCGGCCGAGCAACGCCAGCAGCACCAUCCAAUGACAUAUCUGCCCUUUGGCGCUGGUCCCAGGGGCUGCAUUGGAACACUACUAGGUCAGUUGGAGAUCAAAGUUGGAUUGUUGCACAUUCUCAAGAACUUUCGGGUUGAGCUCUGCGAUGGGACUUUGCCGGUAAUGAAAUUCGAUCCCAAGGCCUUUGUCCUGGCUGCUCAUAAUGGAACUUACCUGCGUUUUGUAAGAAAUCCUCUUUGAAAUAAAUAUUCCAUUUAUGCUCAUUUUUAA